CUGCUUCCUGAAUCCUGCCAGCACUGAUCAUUCGCAUGGUGAAGAAGCUAGCUACACUUAGUGGUUGCUACACAUACAACUAUGAGAUGGAUUCUUCAAACAGUUCUAAACAAAACAAUAAUCCAUCUCCUAAUGACGACCCAGCUGAUGAGGGCAAUGAGUUUUGUCCCGGUUUCAAGGAUGUUGAUGCAUUCGUGAAGUAUGGACUGGGCACUGUGGUAGCAGCUACCAAGUCAUCUGCCAGUUUACCUCAAGUAGGAGAUGAAUACGACUUCUAUCGUAGUUUCCCUGGAUUUCAAGAAUUCUGUGAAACUCAGGGCGAUACAAUGUUGCAUUGUAUGAGUCAGAUAAUGAAAUACCAUGGCUGCAGAGCUCAAAUGAGAGACCGCAACAAAUUGACAGGGUUGGAGGAAAGAUAUGACUUGGUGGUUGAUGCCAAUGAUGUCAUUCUUGAGAAAGUGGGUAUUCUGCUUGAUGAUACUGCCGGAGUCAAUCGGAGUCAGCAACCUGUCAUGCCAGCAGGUUUUCAGCCCCCUAAAAUUGUUGUAUCAAGUUGGAAUCGUAAGGGUGGUGACUCUGGAAGCAGUUCAGAGACUUUCCGACUCCUCCAUGCCAAAAACAUCACCAGGCCCCAGUUGAAAUUCCGGGAGAAGGUUGACAACAGUAACACCCCUUUUGUCCCCAAGAUCUUCAUUAAGCCCAAUGCAAUGAAAUCACUUCCUUCAUAUUUUACCAACAAACAAAUUCGCAAAGAGAGACCAGAGGAUUUGGAUGUUCCUGCUGCCCUUGCUGAUUUUAUUCACCAGCAAAGAACUCAAGAGCAUGUUGAAGACAUGUUUGCUCACCCUUACCAGUAUGAGCUGGAUCACCUUGUGUUUUCUGAGAAUCAGCUGUCCAAACCUGAACCCCAGAUGUACAAACCACUUGCUGAGACGAAGUGCUCGUUCAUUGACAAUGUGGAGGAUCUGGUGGCAGUAAAUGAGAAACUGACCAAAACAACUGAGUUUGCAGUAGAUUUGGAGCACCACUCCUACAGAAGUUUCUUGGGCAUCACCUGUCUAAUGCAGAUUUCCACAAGGGAAGAAGACUUCAUUAUCGACACCUUGGACCUACGCAGUGAGAUGUAUAUACUCAAUGAGGCGUUCACAGAUCCAAACAUCGUCAAGGUUUUCCACGGUGCUGACUCUGAUAUUGAAUGGCUGCAGAAGGAUUUGGGUCUUUACAUUGUCAACAUGUUUGACACGCACCAAGCAUCUCGUGUCCUUAAUUUGGGCAGACACUCACUGGACCACCUGCUAAAGCAGUUCUGCAAUGUGGACUCUGACAAACGCUACCAACUUGCAGACUGGAGAAUACGGCCUUUGCCAGAAGAGAUGCUGCAUUAUGCCCGGGCAGACACGCACUACCUGCUAUAUGUCUACGAUCGCCUGAGGGUGGACCUGUGGGAAAUGGGCAACGGGCAGCCUGCCCUGCUGCAGACGGUUUGGCAAAAAAGCAAAGACAUCUCACUGAAGAAAUACAUGAAGCCGCUCUUCACCGAGAACUCCUACAUGGACCUGCUGAGGAAACAGAAGAAGGCGUUCAACACGCAACAGUUAGCUGCCUUCAGGCUGCUGUAUGGCUGGCGGGACAAGCUGGCCAGGCAGGAGGAUGAGAGCACUGGUUAUGUCCUGCCCAAUCAUAUGAUGAUUAAGAUCUCUGAAGUCCUGCCCAAAGAGCCUCAAGGCAUCAUCGCUUGCUGUAACCCUGUCCCCCCAUUGGUGCGUCAGCAGGUCAACGAGCUCCAUCUAUUGGUGCAGCAGGCCAGGGAGAUGCCCUUACUGAAGGCAGAAAUUGCAGCUGACAAAAAGAAAGCGCUCACGCCAUUAAAAAAGCCAGAAAUGCCCCUGUUUGGUCCUCAUGAUACAUCCAGAGUCCCUGAAAGUGAAUUCCCCAGCUUCUCCCCAAAGGAACUCCCGACAAAACCUGGGUCUCUCUUUUCUGAUGAGGAGCAGGUAGAGGACGUUAACAUGCCGAACAUAAGUGGUCUUGUAGCAUCAGCAAAAAUCACACUGUUUGAGGACAAGGACACAGUCAAAGACUCAGGUCACCUCACAGUGGCACAACAAAAAGCAUACAUCAUUGUUGAUUCUUUUCAGAAUCCUUUCAGAAUGUAUCUACCAUCAACCGAAAUCCACAUCUCCAAAAAUGCUAAAUUUGACCCCUCUACAAAAAUAUAUGAGAUCAGUAAUAGAUGGAAGCUGCAGAGUAUAGAACAGCAACAUAAGGAGCUAGAGGCCAAAAAGAAAGAGAAAGAAGACGCAAAGGCAGCAGCAGAUUUUUCUUAUCCUGCAGAGGAAAGAAAGAAGGCCAAACAAAGUUACCAGGAAUCGCUUCAGAAUGUUUCAACUGUGCGUCAACAAGCUUCAGAGUCUACAAAUACAGGAGCAAAGAAAAGGGAAAGGGUUGCAAGUGGGACUGGAGAGUCAAACCCCAAACCAAACAAGAAACUCAUGAAAGCUGCUGAUAAGCAGGAGGAGUGUAUUCCACCUGCAGUUUUCAAACCCUUUGACUACAGCCAAUCUGAUUUCAAAGUUUUUGCUGGUGCCAAGGAAAAGGAUGGCAAACAGUUUGAUCCAGACAGACAAGGCCAAGAACCCAGGAAAAAGAAAAAUGCAAAAGGACCAAAAUCCAAUGCCUGUGCUGGAAACCGAAGUAUGUCCUUUUUUGGUGGAAAAUCGGAAAGAGGAUUCCUUCGUAACUGGCCUAAACGAUAGGACUACCCACCAAUUACCUUUUUUCAAACCGAAAACAUUUAUUUUGUGUGAAUCUGUUUACACAAUGAAAUGUAAAUACAUAUUACCAGAAGAAGUAUCUGUAAUAAUAAACAUCCUGCUUAA